AUGAGUCUCCCACCAAGCAUUCCUUCUCAUGGAGGGCCUCCAGCAUCUUACCAGCCCUAUCCAACGCCCCCUGGCCCAUUCUCACGCCUGGAAAGCAUGCCCUCCGGCGAUCACUACCGUCCAAGAGAGCCCGGUGAAAGUCAGACCAGCGCACAGCGACUCCCCAGUCUUCGCACGCUUCUAGAGCCUGAGUUACUCGACAAGCCCUCUGAUCAUUCGUUACGACAGGUCACCCCUCAACACGGCCACAACGCUUCUGCGCAGUACAGGUCUUCUAGUCCCACCUUGAAACGCCGCCACAACUUUGAGAGUCAUGCACACGGACAUUUCGAGCGAAAUCCCACAGCUCUCCAGGUGCCAUAUGCACACCGGCCGCCACUACUCCACGCCCAUACCGAACAGCAGUUCACAACUCCCCCAACGCCAGGUUCUGCACCUAGCACUGGCUCCUUGGAAUAUCAACGCCAUGGAGGCUGUACUCAGCCUGCGCACGACAGUACAGCUGGCAGCGUCUUUCGUCGACCGUCAAUCGCAUCCGAGUCCGCGGGUACGUUGUCCAGUCAUGCAGUAUGCGACGAGCUGGAAGAUCCUUCACGACCGGUUAGGAGACGUAUCGAUGCACUUUCUCGCGCGCCAAUCCGUGCAUCGAGAUGCAUUGCGCAACGCGAAAUGCCAGGUGAAGGUCUCUGCUACAUCUACGAAGACGGCACCUACUGCAGAGCUGUCAUAGAUGGUGAGCCAGUCAAUCCAUCAUGGGGUAUCACCAAAGCCGGCAAACCACGCAAGCGACUAGCGCAGGCAUGCUUGACCUGCCGAGAGAAGAAGAUCAAAUGUGAACCAGGGUACCCCAAGUGCCAUCAGUGCGCAAAAUCUCAAAGAAUAUGCAGAGGGGGAUUGAACCAGCCAAAUCAGCCAGGCACGCGAAACGGAUCAACUGAGGCUUCGCCGCCAACCCCGGUUGCCGCAACACUCAGGAACUAUGCAACGGAAUCGAUGAGCCCGUCUGUAAGCUCAGAAAAAGUGGAUCGCAUUGCAGGCCUGCGGGAAAACUUGAGAACAGCUGAUGCCCGGUACAGCGGAGCUACACUUCAGUCUCGAGACUACCUUCCUCCGCCUUCACUUGCAGGCCUCAGAGAUGCAUCUGUUCAUUCACACGACUCCGACUGGAGCAACUCAGUUAACCCCGGCGAACACCAUAAUUCGAGCGCUGGCUUGUACCAAGAUCACCUCGCAUUACAAUGGGAACAAGAUCCCGGCGAGAUGGAUCCUGAGAUCACGCUUCACCUCUUGGACCUAUACUUCCUUCACGCUGGACGUGCCACGUAUGGCAUGUUUCCUCGGAAAGCUUUCAAGUCGUGGGCGCGAUUCGGCAGGGCAAAGUCUCAGGAUGAUCGCAUGCUCUUAUAUUCAGUACUAGCAAUAGGCUCCCUCUUCUCGCCCAAUAUCGACAAACGAGCUCUUGGGAAGCGUUUUGCCGCUGUCGCUACAUACGCCGCAGAAAAGCGGUUUGGCAGGUUUACCUUACAACUGUGCCAGAGCCGGUUGUUGUUAGCGCUUUACAACUUUGCGCAAGGGAAGUCACAAGAGGCGUGGGAUUACUGUGGAGCCGGCCUUCGUGCGAUCAGUGCACUGAGGCUGAAUACCGAAGAGGGGAUGAAGGAGUUGGCAGAUGAAGCAUCUGAACUAGAGUAUGGGUUUGAUCGCCUGACCUUCGAAGAGUGCUGCAGGCGCACCUUUUGGUCUGGGUUUCUGAUGGAUCGUUACAACGGAUUUUUCGGUGGAACAUUGUUCGUUGUCAGUAUAGAAGAUGCUUUCGUUCGUCUUCCAUGCGUGGAGGCGACGUACGAGAACAGCACGCCCUGCGACACACCUCUUUUCGACUACCAGCUUCUCAACCGCUUUGCGCCCAAGACUCCAGUUCUUGGACACAUGGCAUACUUGUGUCUCAUUUCAACUCUUUGGGGCGACGUAUUGGCGUUCACUGGGCGUGCAGCUCGCCGCCCAGACACCGGCUACGAGCAACACUAUGAGCCGUUCUAUACCAAGACCUACGAGCGACUGGAGGGUUGGCUUGCGAUGCUGCCUACCAACUUACAGUACACACCCCAAAACCUCGAGAACAGCAUUGCUGAAGGAAAUGUCGGCACCUUUAUGUCGCUUCAUGCCCUCUACCACGCCACCAUUAUUCGACUCAACCGCCAGAUUCGACUGACUGCGAUGUGCGCCGAAAAGAUAAGCCGCAAUAUUGAGCAUGCAUUUCACAAUGCGUCGAACUUCUUGUCCAUGAUGCACAGCUUAGCCCUCAUCAACCGGCAACGGCGCAACGACACCUCGGAGUACUUCUUUUCAACACCCUUCCCGGGUUAUGCGCUCAUGCUAUCAAUCGACGUUCUAUCCAGUGCCGGGACUUUCGCUACACUACCCAACCUUAUUGACACGGUUGCUGCCACAAUGUUCUGCAUUGAUGAAUUGGCUACGUUCUGGGCGUCGGCACGUACACAGCAAAAGGCUGUAUCGAAUCGCUUGAAGCAGCUUACCGACAUCGACGUUGAGCAAAAGCAGGAUGACGACUAUCACGGCCGGUUCUGGAAGAUUGGCGAUAGUCUCGAUGUGGCCUUCGGCAAGGAUGACGCCAUGUACCAUGCAAGCAACAUGCAGCUAUUCCAAGUCGUCGAUCAGCUUACAGGACGCUGA